AUGAAAGGCCGCCCUCGGUUCCGUGUGGCUCUGUGCAAAUACUGUAACAAGGAAUUCAAGCGACAGGAGCACCUAGAGCGACAUAUUCGCACGCACACUCGGGAGAGGCCGUUUGGUUGUGCUUGUGGCCGCACGUUUACAAGACUCCAUGGGCGAAUAUCUCCCAUUCCCUAUAACCCUGAUCCUGAUGCUGGAGCACCGUUUGUAUUUGAGCGCGUUAAUCCCGAAUUCAUCAUCCAGACACCUGCGACGCGGAAUGCCAUUGCAGAAUCAACCAGCGCGAUGAGCGACAGUGCAUCCGCUGAGUAUUCUCAGAAGCAGCUCAUGGGGAAAUUCUCAAUACGCGACCUGAAUCUACCCAGCCAGGAUGAACAUUCAAGCUACCUUCCCCGUGAUAGCGGUGCUGCGGCUCGUAGCGACGUCAAUAUGGAUAGAACCAUUGAGGCUGGUUCUGACUUUGUACCGCUCCAGCUUUUCGAUAUUGACUUCCUUGCCAAUGAACCGGACAUGAUAAGCGGGUAUCUCAUGGAUGUAUUUCCACCGAUGGACUACCAACAGCCAAUGAUUGAGGAUACAUCCGACAGUUACAUUGGUGGUUUUAAACCUCUUCCCACAGCUCUAGGUUCCAGUACUUUUGAGAUGUCGACUCUGGAAACGACGCCAUCACAAAUCAAGACUCCUACGUCUCAGUUGAUGUCAAGUCAGGCAAACCAGGCACAAGAUACAAUCGGCCGGUCACUCGAUGACAUUGACGACAUCGCUGCAACGAACCCAUGGACGGUGUCAGCGGCAGCGUACAAAAAGCUUACUGCUGAAGUUGAAAAGCACAUCGGCGUGUUACCGGAACCGUUCACACUUCCCAGCCGGCAAACAUUAUCGAGAAAUGUUGCGAGUUGGAUGCGGAGCUUUCAUCCUCAUCUGCCAUUCAUCCAUAUGCCAACAACUUGCUUGGAGUUCAAGGCGCCAAUGCUGGUGUUGACUCUUGCCGCUACCGGGUCAUUCUACGGGUUUGAGCACACGCACGGCUAUGCCAUGUACUUUAUCGCAAAGUCUGUUAUUACUCAUGAACUCGAGAAACGUCGCCGAGCCUCUACUUUGCACUUGCUUCGGACUUUCCCACGCUACGCCGGGCUUCCCCCUGGUUCCCCUGAUGCAACCCGCGCGCAGUCUUGGGAGACGCCCCAACCCGCAACGUCCGGUCUCGUAGAUAUUGAAUUACUGCAGUCCCUGUUAGUGCUUGUGCUUACCAUGUCUUGGCUUGAUGGGCCGCUUGCACAAGACGCACUCGCCAUGAGCAGUCAACUUACCGAGCUGACUCGCGAAGCGCUCAAAUAUCCUGUUACAGAAAUUGCAGCGGAAGACUGGAGAUCUUGGGCUCGUGAAGAAGAGAGGCGACGUACUUUAUUCUCUGCUUACUUUGUCAUCAACAUCCUCACCAUCUGCUUCAACGUGCCGCCCCAAAUCACUAGCUCAGAGGUCAACAUUCCCCUUCCAUCCUCGGAGGCAGAGUUCAAAGCCCCCAAUUCCAGCGCGUGGCUUAGCUUGCGGCAAAAAAACAACUCCCGUCAACCAGACUUCCAACUCUCUCUUAAACAGUUGCUAUCUGGGAAGCCGCUUGCCAAAGAGGACUCAGCCACAGAGUUCGGAAACUAUAUGCUUGUUCAAAGCCUGCUAAUGCAGGUGUAUUUCGAACACCAAGGAGCGUCUGCGGUAUUAACUUCAUCAUCGAGCCUGUCAUCAGCCACUAUUUCACUCUACGAGAAUGCCUUUGGCGCCUGGCAGUCAUGUUGGGAUUCAGCUAUUGAGUCUGCUCUUGAUCCAAAUUCUCCUCAUGGCCCCUUGGCGUUCAAUUCUACCGCCAUUCUUCGCUUGGCUCACGUUCAUCUCGCAGCUGGCCUCCAGAGCCAGUGCGCUCUCCGUUCACGCGAUCCGAGGAUUGUUGCCCAGGCAUUUGAACCACAGCAAAACCCCAUUCCACUCCGGUGCCCUCAUUUAGAUCAGGCAGUUUUUCACGCCAUUUGCGCAUUGAGGAUACCAGUGAGGGUUGGAAUAGCGUUUGUCGCGCGCGGCCGAACCGGACAUUGGAGUGUUCAGCACGCCAUUAGCAAUUUUGCAUGUGCGCUCCUGCUCAGUCACUGGCUUGAAAAUCUCUUUCACUUGGUAUCUUCUCAUGGGCUUGGAAGUCUUCGAGAUGAGGAGAAGCGGCUGCUCUCCAUCGUCGAACGGCUAAUUGAGGAGACACAUCUGGAGGGCUCUCUAGGCUCAAAAGACGAUUACCCUCGCCGUAUCCGACGUCUGGCUAUUGCUGCAUUAAGACUCUGGGCAGAGACAUGCAAAGGGAUCCAGGUAUUUGAGAUUGUUCAUGUGGUGGGGGAGACACUGUCUCUUGUUGCGGAUUCAUUGGAAAAUCGCCUUCAGCUUGACUGA